UGUUCAAUCCAAUCAAAACGCACACUCUCUCUUUAUUCACUGCAGACAUCGCUACUUCUUAGUUGUUUUCAAUGGCUAAAACAGCUUCUGUAGUAUUGACCCAAAGCCUUUCUGAUACCAAAAGGACCACCUCCUUUAAUCAUUCAACUAAUGAUGAUGAAAUCCCCACCAUCGAUUACAGCAUGCUGAUCUGCUCUAAUGAUCCUGAUCAACGACUCAAAUCCCUCCAAUACCUUGCCUAUGUCUGCGAGGAGUACGGCUUUUUCUAUCUGGUAAAUCAUGGGGUGCCUGAUUGCGUAAUUGAGAGAGCACUGAAUGGGAUUUCUGAUUUCUUUGAUCUGACGGAGGAGGAAAAGAAGGAUUAUGAGAAGAAGAAUUCAACGGAUAGGAUCAGAUGGGGGCUAGGGUUCUCACCCGGGGACCAUGAAGCUGUCAAGAGGGAGUAUCUUAAGGUGCUCCCACAUCCAAAGUUUGAAGGCCCUGCUAAACCAGCUGGUUUCAGGGAGGCCUUGGAAGAUUAUUACCAAAGGAAUCGAGAGGUGAUAAUUAAUUUGGCUAAAGCAGUAUCGAAAACACUGGGAUUUGAAGAAAAUUACUUAGAGAAGGAAUUUGAGUUAGAAACUGGGGCUGAUGUUUCUGCUAUGAACGUGUAUCCGCCCGGGUUUAAACCCAACACUCAAAUCGGUUUGCCGGCUCAUGUUUUAACAAAUGGGAAGUACAAGAGUCCUAUGCAUCGUGUGAUCCUGAACAACGAGGUGAGAAGAAUCUCUGUGGCCACAGUCCAUGGACCAUCACUUGACACAUUUGUGAAACCAGGUCCAGAGUUUGUGGGCGAGUCUCACCCACCAGCAUACCGAGGGAUGAUCUACAAGGACUCCUUGGAAGCCAAUGGUUACCAUGAGAUCGAUGGAAAAUCAUGCAUGGCACAACUUCGGCUAUGA